AGGACAUAAAAAAUGAUAAAUUAGAAAAAAAUAAAAUUUCAUUGGAAGAUAUGUCUACAUUAUACCCACAUCCCUCUAAUAUUUUAUCAAAUAUUUAUUCUAUUGUAACAACCGAAUUAGAUAAAAAAGGAUUAUAUAAAAAAGAAUAUAUCAAAUGCAAAGAUAAAGAACUAUUUUGGAAAUGUAUUCUCACUGUUUCUUGGCCUAAGGAGGAAGUAUUUAACAGUGUAGGAAAAAAUAAAUCAUCAGCUGCAAAUGAUGCAUCAUUAAAGUGUUUAUACUGGUUGCAUAAACAAAAUAAAGUGAUGCAUGGUAAACCAGUAAUAUAUACGAUAGAGGAAAUUAAAGCUAGAUAUAUACAAUCUAUUCCCAUUUAUCUGGAUUCUGAAAUUUUAGAAGAAGUUGAAAAAUUGCUUCAGACAUAUGAAGCGAAUGUGAAAAAUAUUAUCGAAUCUCCUAAACUAAAAGAUGAUAGUUUUACUACACCUGAAAAAAAUAGCCCUGAUAUAAAACUAUGUUUGCCUGACAAUAAGCGUAAUGAAAAUUUAAAAAAAAGAUUAUUGGAAAAGAAUAAUACGAAUGAUGAUCUUCCUAUUUUUCGAUAUCGGGAAGAAAUACUGCAGAAAUUAGAAAAAAAUAACGUUUUAUUAAUUAGAGGUGAUACAGGUUGUGGUAAAACCACACAAGUUCCUCAAUUUAUAUUGGAUUCUUAUGUAAGAAGUGGGAAUGCUACAGACUGUAAUAUUUUAGUAUCACAACCUCGCAGAAUUUCUGCAGUAUCUUUAGCAGAACGUAUUUCUUUUGAAAGAGGAGAACCUAUAGGAGAUGUGAUAGGAUAUUCUAUACGAUUAGAGCAAAAGUAUCCACAGUUUCCUGGUGGAAUACUUUUUUGUACUACUGGUAUUUUAUGCCAAAUAAUACAGGAUAAUCCAAACUUAAUGGGAUACAGCCAUGUUAUUUUGGAUGAAGUUCAUGAACGUGCAUUGGAUAUUGAUUUUCUUUUUGUUUUAUUUAAAAGAAUAAUUCCAAAUAAUCCUUUAUUGAAACUUAUUCUUAUGUCUGCAACCGUUAACACUGAUAUGUUUGUAAAAUAUUUUAAUUGUGAUACAAUUAAUGUAGAAGGUAAAAUCUAUCCUGUAAAAAUGCAUUUUCUAGAAGAUUUUAAGAAUAAAUUACCUCCGUUAAAAACAAAGGCGAAGCCUAAUUUUGAUAAAAGUUACACAAAUAAAGAUAUUAAAUUGGAAAUGAUUCAUUUUGAUGACAUCGUAAAUCUCGUAAAAUGGAUUAUUGAUAAUAAACCACCUGGAGCAAUAUUAUGUUUUCUACCAGGAUGGCACGAAAUUAAGACAUUAGAGGAAUUACUUAAUAACGAUAUAUUACUAAAGCACAAAUUAUUUAUAAUUCCUGUACACUCUAAACUAUCAAUUAUUAAUCAAGAAAGGGUUUUUUCUGUUAUACGAAAACAGAAUACAAAAAUUAUUUUGGCUACAGAUAUUGUUGAAACUAGCGUCACUAUUCCAGAUGUUGUAUACGUAAUAGAUAUUGGUAUUAAAAAUAGUCCUAUGUGGAAAGAUAACAAACUUUAUAUAGGCUAUCAGAGAAUAUCACAAGCAAAUAUACAACAAAGAAAAGGAAGAGCUGGUCGGUUAAAAGCUGGUGAAAGUUAUCACUUUAUAACAAAAAAAGAAUAUUAUAACUUGUGCCCUAAUCCAAUUCCUGAGAUAUUAUGCAGUUCUCUGGAAGAAACAGCUAUAAAGAUUAAAUGUCACACUAAUGAAAAGGUUGAAAAAUUUUGUGAAGAUAUGAUUGAAAAACCUAAUAAGAUAGCAAUAGAGACAGCAAUAAAAACGUUACAGCUAUUAAAUAUUUUUGAUAGUGAUGAAAAUUUAACACCAUUAGGAAAACGAAUAUCAUUACUUCAUGUACAUCCAAUGUUAGGCAAAGCUUUAAUUCUUUCAACAAUUUUUAAGUGUACAGCACCCAUUCUCUCAAUUAUUUCACUUUAUGCCAUUGAUCAAGAUAUUUUUGCAAACAUUUUAUAUAGCAAAUCUUCUAAAAAAGAUAUUAAAAAGGAGUAUCAUGAAACAAGUGACCAUCUUGCUCUAGCUGCAUUAUGUGAUGAAUGGAAAAAUUAUCUUGCUGAAGGUUUUCAUAAAAUUGAUCCCUUCUGCAGGGAUAUGAAUAUUAAUCCUCUUAGAGUAAAAUUAUAUGCUAAAGUACGUAAAAUGAUUUCUAAACAAUUAGAAAGCUGUGGUAUACAAAACCAUUAUGAUGGUUUUCCCUCAACCGAUGACUCAACUGAUGAAUUUGAAAUGCAUCAAAGUAAAAAUACAUAUUGUGAAGAAAUAAUUUAUGGCAUUAUUUUAUCUUCUACAAAUAUGUUACUUCAGUGUUAUAAUAUUUCCUAUUACCGGAAUGUAAAUAAAAGGAAAUGUAAAUUAAAAAAUGAAUGUGAUCAAACAGUUAUAAUAUCACCAGAAAGUGUAAACUAUAAUAAAAACUUUCAGCAUAACUCAUACUUCGUAUAUUUUUAUGGUGCAAAUUUUCAAACCUAUUCUCAUAUGCAAGUAUAUGAUACAAGUAUCUUAUCUCCCUUAACCGUUUUACUUUUUGGUCAAGGUUACAUAGAUAACAAAACAAGUGACAACUCCAAUAAUGAAAUCAUUCUUACGAUAGCGGAAAAGAAGGUCUUGAAAUUUUUGUGCACACCAGAGACAGCAAAAAUUCUUAUCUCAUUUCGUGAAGUUAUUUGGUCUGUAGUAGAUUAUUUUAUUACAGUAAAUGAUCGUCCAACAAAUGAUGAAUUCAAACUUAUGAAUGAAUACAGAUCAGAAUUACUAAAAGUACUUUCCAAAAUGUUAGAUGCAAGGAAUAGUAACAAUGAUACUAAUGAUACGUAUGAUGAUGAGAUACAAUGAUAAUAACAAUAUAAAAUAAUAUAUGUUAAUAAUGGUUAAACAAUAAAGAGACAAAAAUCAAA